AUGCCGAAGAUCAAGCUCCCGCGGAAGAUCCGCGACCUCGCGAAGAAGGCGAGCGGCGGGUGCGCCGAAUCGGCGCUCAGGCUCUACCAGCGCUACCUCGAAGGGACCGGCGGCGCGGAGAAAAACUACGAGCUCGCACGCCAGUGGCUCACGAGGGCCGCGGAGCUCGGGGACGCUGACGCGCAGUGUAUACUCGGCGUCGCGAAUGAGGAGGCAGGUGAACUUAGAGUCGCGUAUGAAUGGUACGAGAAAGCCGCGGCACAGGGCGAUGCCGGCGCCGAGUACACGAGGUGCUACAAGUUGGGCCGCGGCGUCGAGCUAAACAGGUCGAAGGCGGCAGAGCUGUCUCUCAAGUCGGCGUUGCAGGGGAAUGCGAAAGCCCAAUGCAGCUACGGGUCUUAUCUCAGCAGCGAAAUGCACGAGUUCGAAGAGGCGUUGAAGUGGUUCGAGAAGUCCGCGGCGCAAGGCAACGCGAUUGCGAUGUACAACAUCGGGAGCUUCUACUUCAACGGCUACGGCGUGCAGAGAAGCUCGUCGAAGGCGCGGGAGUGGUUUGCGAAAGCCUCCUCGAACGGGGAUAAAGACGCAGACGAGAUUUUGAUGGAGCAUUUUCCAGACUUCUUCGGAGACAUGCAGGAUGCUAAGAAAAACGAUUUCGUGGAAACGGAGAAGAUAUUGAUCAUGAAUGCGGCACACGACCGUGAUCUUAAGCCUGCUCUUCGUACCCUUCGUUCGUUAAAAAAAGUGAAUCUCGACGGCGUUGUGGAAUUCUCUGGGGUGAAGCUGAGCUCGAAAGCCGUGAAAUUGAUCAUCUCCGGACCUCUUCCUGAUCAUAAAGCAUGCAGUUUCUCUCACCAUCUCGGUCUAUGCUUCCUCCACGGGAGGUGUGGACUCGAGAGGAACCUUCGAAUGGCGAAGGAUACGUUCAAACUUUCCCAAAUUUACGACGGAAAAAUCUUCGCCGUGGACAAGGAGCUCGAAAAGCUUCGAGCGUGCGUUACGUGCGGCAAGCCCGACGCUCGAUGGGGAUGCAAGCUGUGCCGCGGCGUGCGGUACUGCGACAAGCGGUGCCAGCAGAGGGACUGGAACCGCGGUGAUCCGCCGCACAAGCAGACGUGCUCGCGCGUCGUGAACGGAAUUUUUCCACCCGGGAAAUUCGACGAGCUCCGCGAGUCGAAGAACGCGAAGAAGAGAGGAGCGUGA